GCUGCGUCUGGCGUUGGCGGAGGUUCCGCCGGCCGCCUCUCUCGGCGCGCCAUGGCUCUGGAGCGCUGGGCAGAGGCGCUGUCCUUCGGCGCCUUCCAAAGGGGGCUCCCGCGGGGAGCUGCCUACGGCUACGGCGGGGAGAGCCCCGAGGGGCUGCGCCGGAGGGAGCUCGCCCGCCUGGCAGGAAUUACGUACCUUGACCACGCAGGCACAGCACUCUUCCCACAGAGUUUACUAAAAGCCUUCACUGAUGACCUCAAUGAAAAUGUUUAUGGGAACCCUCACAGCCAGAAUAUCAGCAGCAAAUUGACAAGUGAUACAAUUGAACAUAUCCGAUACAGGAUACUGCAGCACUUCAAUACAUCUGUAGAGGACUACACAGUCAUCUUCACUUCAGGCAGCACAGCAGCACUCAAACUUGUUGCAGAGGCCUUCCCUUGGGUUCCCGAAACAGCAGAGGAUCCUGGAAGCCGCUUUUGCUACCUCACUGAUAACCACACAUCUGUGGUGGGCAUGAGAGCAAUCGCUGAUGCAAUGAAUGUAUUGUCAGUUCCAGUGAAACCAAAGGAUCUACUGCCGGGGACAGAUGACUUGGUGGCUGGAGGGAACAGCUGCAAAACACCUCACUUGUUCUGCUAUCCUGCUCAGAGCAAUUUUUCAGGGACUAGAUAUCCUCUUGCAUGGAUAGAACAGAUAAAAUCUGGGCAGCUCCGCCCCAUCGAGGUCCAAGGGAAGUGGAGUGUGCUCUUGGAUGCAGCAUCUUAUGUCAGCACUUCUCUGUUAGACUUAAGCCUUCAUCAAGCAGACUUUGUGCCUCUGUCAUUCUAUAAGAUGUUUGGAUUCCCCACUGGUCUAGGCGCACUGCUGGUGAAGAAUGGAGCUGCUGCUUGCCUGAGGAAAGUCUAUUUUGGAGGGGGAACUGCAGCUGCCUACCUUGCAGGGGAGGAUUUCUAUUUACCGAAAAAAUCAGUGGCUGAGAGGUUUGAGGAUGGGACUGUUUCUUUCCUUGAUAUUAUUGCACUAAAGCAUGGAUUUGAUGCCUUGGAAAGACUUACAGGUGGAAUGAAGAACAUAGAACAACAUACAUUUGCCUUAGCUCACUACACCUAUAGAAUCCUCUCUACGUUAACAUAUCCUAACGGGGCACCUGCUGUGCAGCUUUACAGUGAUACAGACUUCAGCAGCCCUGAGGUCCAGGGUCCAAUCAUUAAUUUUAAUGUAUUGGAUGAAAAUGGAGAUAUAGUUGGUUAUUCACAGGAACCCUACAAGACUGACCAAGAGCCCAGCCAGCAGCACCGUGAUCUGCACACUGGUGUUCCUUGUGGCUAUGCUGUGGUGGAAGGAGGAAUACAGUUGUUGGGCCUGAGAGACUUGUGGCACCGCUCCCCACUCUCCUCAGGAAUGGGGGCUUCAAGAUCUUCUCUGUGCAAAUUUCAGGUUAUCGGGCCAUGCCACAGAUGUCUGAUUAUCUGCAUUGAUCAAAAAACUGGAGAACGGAACAAGGAAUUUCUUCAGACUCUGGCUGCCACCAAAGACAAAAAAACUAAGUUUGGAAUAUACCUGAUGAAUCAUGCUGAGAUGCAGGUCUCCCAUCCAGAUACAUUGUCAGUGGGAUCGCCAGUGUUUGCAGCGGUGAAGAAGAUUAUCGCAUGUUGAGCAUCGUCUGAAGAGCAAACAGGUGGAGGAAUCCUCAGCUAAACCUGCACAUGGGACGGUCUUGCAGAUUAUUCAUAUGUGUUCUCAACAGCAAUAUGAUCUUCUCCAAUAUUAUGAGUAAAAGGUCAAUCACCUUAAACAUUCAGAAAUGACAUGUCGCAGCUAAUCAGGUGGAUCAAUUUUUGCAACUCUAUAUCAUUUGAUCAUUUGAUUUCUUUUUUCCAUUCAGGUUCACGAGGGACUUGUUGCAGGGCAGUGAUGCUGGCUAGGAAAUUUAAUGUCCUCAAAAUGCCACUUCACAAGUUAGAUCGAUAGUUAAUAACCUCAAAUAGUCAGCUGAUUUAAAUUAAGUAUGGUGUGUGUGUGUGUGUGUGUGUGUGUGUGUGUGUGUGUGUGUGUGUGCAGUGUGGGGGGGGGAGAGAAGAAAUAGUGCUUUAGGCAAGAAACAGAGAUAGCUGGCUGGAAGUGAAGCACCUUGGGAUUCAAAGGCUUUAACGUGGAUAGCAAAUUUGCUGCCUUGCUGCAGUGCCUGCUGUGAGCUUCCACUUAUGCAAGUAGCACCUGCAACAAAGGACUCAUCCAGACUUCUGCUUCUUUGCAAAUUAUUUUUAUUGAUCUUCAACAAAUUGCCACCAAAUUAAUACAAGUUUAAAAGCUGAUUUCCCACCCUCCCCCAAAGGUCCCCUCUAUUUUCCUCCCUUCUUUGCUGCUCCCAAUAAAAUAACUUUUACAACUAUAUUUUCAAAGUCCACUCAUCCCUUCUCCCUACACAUCAUCUGCUAUGGCUUUUAUACAUUGUUAUAAUCUGUCCUCAAAAUAGUCGAAUAGAGUAAAUCCUCUUUUAUCUAUCUAUAAUAGUCAUUAAUCGGUUUUGAAACAUUUCCCUCUGAUGCCUCUUGAGUAGCACUUUGCCUGAGAAAAACAGGUCCUGCUUCUUCCCAGAGAACACACACAUAGUCCUCCCUAACAUGGCCUUGAACAUUGCUGUCUCACAUCUGGCCCCAGUAAUAAACAGAGUGAAAAGGAACCCCCUAGAAUUUUUUUGUAUAACUAUAUAAUAUACAUCCCCCCUCUCACACUGCCAAUCUCCCAGCAUCCCCCAUCCCUUGCAUUUCGCCAGUUUUAAUCCUCAAUUUUACAUACAAUCAGCUCAUAAUUAAUUAAUUAAUUAAUAAACAUAAUCCGAAUCUCUUCUUAUUUCCAACUUCAAGCUUUGGGGCUGAUGUAAUCCCACUUUCUGGUUUUCCCCAGCUUUUGGUCGCUCACCCAGCAGCUGGGCUUUAGCACCAAAUAUAAGCCUGAAUGGAGGGGAAAUUGGCCUGGUUUGUGAGCAUCUUAAAAAGCAUGUGUUAAUUAUGAGGAGGUGCCAUGAGUUUAUCCAGAAUAGAUCAUUCCAAACCAACCUUAUCUCCUUUUUUGAAACCUUUACUACUUUAGUCCUGUGCCAUUUCUUUCCUAUCUCUGUCUUGCUUGACCUUCAUGCACACACUGGCCCGUUUUGCUCUUCUUGCUCAUGGCAAGGCUUCACCACCACAAACAUAAAACAGUACAAGAUUGUGUCUUUGCAGCCCAAGCCUACAGUCUCUGCAAUCCAGUGCUUGCUAGUUCCACUACAUUCAGUGAGGCUUGAUCCCUGCUUAGUUUGCAUAGGAGUGCAGCCUGCAUAGCAGUGUAGAAAGUUAAUUACCUAAUUUGUGGACUGGCACCAGAUUUCCCCUUGUGCAUAAAGAUUGGUUGUGACACUUCACUUGAGUGGCACAUUUGACCAGGGUCAGCCCAGUGGCAAGGCAAGGUGAGCCAAGCACCACAGGCAUCAAGAUCACACACACACACACACACACACACACACACACACACACACCGUGAUUUCUGAAGUAGAUCUUCACUGAGCCCUUAUUCACUGGUGGGGAUGGAAAUGCUGUUUUGUGGUUCACCUCAGGUGCCAAAAUGUCUUGGACCAGCCCAGAAUCUGACCCAAUGGAAUAGUGAAAUGGAAUGCAGAGAUUUACAUAGCUACAGCCUAGAUGGAAUGCUGAAAAAAUGCCAAGUGGUAAAUUGAGCCACACUUUUUAUUCAAAUGAAUAACUGUAUUUGUGCACUGUCUACUUAAUCAAAAUAAUUUUGCGGUACAUCAAUCCUGACAAUAAAUGCUUUGCAGAUAUUAUCCAAAUAUUUUUGAAGCUAAAUUAUUUGUCUGAUAUUUGAGAUCUAUAUUUGAUAUCAUGGGAUACUUGAUUCCAAUAUUUUAUAUUUAAUAAUAUUUAAUAAUAUUUGAUAUGAGAUAUGAUAUAUUAGUAUCUGAAAGCAUUUUAUGGAAGACAUGAAAUAGACAUGAAAUAGGACUGUUAUUUUUUGUAAUACCAGCCAAAACAAUCAAGAGAAUGUAAACAAAUCCAAAGAACUCAAUUUGGAGGGGAAAUGUCUCUCAGGGCAAACUAUUCUGUGUUAGAAUUUGCACUCAUCUUUCUGAAAAGCAGGUUGAAAAUAUUUGCCAAAUUUCAAAUAUUAGAAAAUAUUUGUUUCAGCUAAAAUAUAUAAUUUGUUUUUCUAUGAGCUCAUUUAAUUAAACUGACAUCUCUUACACUU